CUCCGGCAGGCUCAGGUCCUCCUUCUCCAGCAGUGUGUCCAGGUGAGAGCUUGUGUGCAGGUCAAACUUCCAAAACAUGGCGCCCUUCACAUAUUUGCACGUGCUGUUUCCUCCACCUGGAAAGCCCUUCUUCCCACUCUGGAUCUGUCAACUCCGCCUCGGCCUUCCUCGAGAGAAAAGCCACCCAUCCCCACCCAUCGGGCCGGUCGCACCAGUCAGUCCCUCCCACUCUGCGGCCACAGCACCCUGGGUUACCACCAUCACAACACACAGUCAUUGUGACUGCCCAACUCUGCCUGUGGCUCCCCGGGCAGACACAGUGCCAGGACCUCCUGCUCACCACCCCCUCCCGGACCCAGCCCCAAGCCACCAGGGCCUGCCCUCAACAGGCCUCACUCCGCUCACACUAGUGCCCACGAAUGCACCCAAGAACAGUGCCUGCCAAGGGCCUCCUCGCCACGGGGCGCUAGGGACAGCCAGGGACAGGACGGGCCCCGGCCACGGUGAAGGGAAAACCUGCUCGAUCUUGCCUUCCCGAGCCCAGGCCAUGCUGAUGAGAAUGAAAAGGGGCGACCCGGGAGACGAGAAGGCGGGAGGCAGAAAAGAGGAAGGCGCUCGGGAGGAGGGAGACGACGACGGGGCAGUGGGCCCGAGGAGUCCCAGGGGAGCUGAGUCAGAAGGCUAGGUGGAGGGGACGCAGAUCCCCGCGGGGAGAAAUGGGGGUGGUGGGCUGCACGCAGGGAGAAGAGGGGAGGGCGGCAAGGACGGAGAGUCCCCGAGACUCAGCGGGGACCCUCGGGGGGGGCGCGGAAGGUGGGGUGGGGACGAUGACA